AUCAAAACACGCGCCUUCGGCAUCUACAGAAGCACAAUGUAGUUGUUAGAAUGUAUCUUUGGCACGGAGGAGGUUAUUAGUAACAACACGACACAGCAGCGAUGAUUCAGAGCUGAACUGCUGCAAUCGGCGCCGUGGGAGGAACUUUGUAAUAAAUGGCUCUUAUUGCCUGUUUCUAAAAUAAGGAAGCAUCAAGCGAAGAAGUCAAAGCAGGAACAAUAAGGAGCUGAAUGUGGAUGAGUCGCGCUGACUUACACUGGACGAGCAGCGACACCGAUCACCGAUCACCGACCACCGACCGAGCGCUCGCUUUCGCGUUACUGCAGCCUGCGAUGAGCGUCGCUGAUCUGACGGGUUUAUUCGGUUAAAGUGUCGAGGAUGACGAGCGCACGAAACCCGUCCGACCGUCCGAUCGCUCUCGGGUCCGCAGUGAUGCAGUGAGGAUGGGCGCUGUUGUGGCGAGUCAGGCAGACGCGGGCGGUUGAGCUGGCGUUGAGCACAGGAAGAAUGCACUUAUCUCAUGUCGGCACCAACAAAAUCUGCUUCCUGCUUUCCCUGGCAUUCUGCGCCCUACUGGUGCUCCUUAUUCCCUCAUUACAACCUCCUCAGCGUCAGACGGAUCUGCCCCAACCCCGGCCCCGUGCCAAGCCCGCCGGAGCCGGACGUCGACACGACCUCUACGGGAACCCCGGCCAAGGAAGCGACGAUGCCAAGGACGGUGGUUUCAUUCACCCGCUUCCUCCCGCAGGCCGACCCGAGGACCCGCAGAGGAUGUCAGAGAGAGAGGCUGCACGCGCCAGCUCCCCUGGCUCCCGUUCUAAAGACUCUUUGGAGUUGAGAGACAUUUUUAUUGCUGUUAAGACCACCAGGAAAUACCACAAGUCCAGACUGCAGCUCCUGUCCCAGACUUGGGUGUCCAGAGCCAAGGAACAGACAUUCAUCUUCACUGAUAGCGAGGAUAAGGAGCUCAGACAGAAAGCAGGCCUGAACAUCAUCAACACCAACUGCUCGGCGGCUCAUACGCGUCAGGCCCUGUGCUGCAAGAUGUCUGUGGAGUAUGACAAGUUCAUCGAGUCACAGAAAAAGUGGUUCUGUCACGUGGAUGAUGAUAACUAUGUGAUCCUGUCCAGUUUGCUGGAGCUGCUGUCGUCCUACUCUCACACACAGGAUGUGUAUCUGGGCAGACCCAGUCUGGAUCAUCCCAUAGAGGCCGCCGAGAGGGUCAAGAGCGACGGAUCGGUCUCGGUGAAAUUCUGGUUUGCUACCGGAGGAGCUGGAUUCUGCAUCAGCCGAGGUUUAGCGCUCAAAAUGAGUCCAUGGGCGAGUCUUGGAAACUUCAUUACGACUGCAGAGAAGAUCCGCCUCCCGGACGACUGUACGAUCGGUUACAUCAUCGAGGCUCUGCUGGAAGUUCCUCUGACUCACACGGGCCUGUUUCACUCACACCUGGAGAACCUGCAGAGACUCCCGACAGACAACAUACUCCAGCAGGUGACCCUCAGUUAUGGUGGAUUCGAGAACAGGAGGAAUGUGGUCAGUGUUGGAGGAGCGUUCUCAUUGGCUGAAGACCCUACACGGUUUAAAACAGUUCACUGCCUGCUCUAUCCGGACACAGAGUGGUGCCCACGCAAGACUCGUCACUGACCGCUGGGAUACGAAUGCCUCAAUACAGAGCACAGACCUGCACAAGCACAGCUCUCCAUCAAACUCUUCAAACCAAAAUAAUAUGCGUGUAAAUGCAGUUAAAAGAAUGGUUGACCCAAUAAUGAAAGUCGGCUGAAAAUAUGUGCACCAAAGUUAGGAUGAGUUUGUUUUGUCAGGUUUGUAGAAAUGUGUCAUUCCAUCACUGUCUCGGCAACGGAUCCUCUGCAGUGAAUGGGUGCCGUCAGAACGAGAGUCCAAACAGCUAAUAAAAACAUCACAAUAAUCCACAAGUAAUCUGCACAACAAAUCAAUUUUGGACUGUUUUGGCUUGUGAACUGUGUUUGAUCUGUGCAUAUUUCUCUCCUGAUUCAGAUGAGAUAACUUAUAUUUUUGGUUGGAAGAUAAAAAUGUCUUCACACUAGAUUUCUUUGAACUUUUGUCGGACUGGAGUGGUGUGGAUAACUUGUGGAUUAUUGUGAUGUUUUUACCAUCUUAUUGGACUCUCAUUCUGACGGCACCCGUUCACUGCAGAGGAUCCGUUGGUGAGCCAAUUUUUGUUCCAGUGAAGAAACUCAUCUGUCUUGGAUGACCUGAGUUUGAGCACAUUUUCAGCACGUGUUCAUUUAUGGUUGAGCUAUUCCUUCAACACAUAGUCUUUGUUUAGUACUUUCUACAUUUGUAUGGUUAAACAGGGUGGCUGUAAUUUAUUAAAACACAUUUUUGUUCUGACAUAUUUGGGUUUGUUGAAAAUUGCCAGGUGAUUUACACACAUUGAGUCCCAGUGGUAAGAGCGUUUUGACAGGAUUGCGCUGUCUCUCCGAUUUACUGGGGGAUUUUUUUAUUCAAAUAAUUCAAGACACAUUUCUGUGGCUUUGACGUCAUCUUUAUAGAGUCGUCUUUUUCCUCUGGGCCGUAAAUAUGCCCACGCAAGCCUUGUGCAAAAUGCCUCUACGGACGAGAAAAACAGUAUUGAUGUCAUUUUAUAGUAUUGCGUUUUCCAGAUUUCGCAGCCCGGCUCAUCUUCUGCCAAUGCUUUUCAGCUUGCUCUUCUCCAUUUUUGAAUUGCAGUUGCACUCAUUUUGUCUCUAGACCUGCAUUCAAACACGCUUGAGCAGUUGGAUGUGUAUAUACAGACCAAAAAGCAACUUGUAAUCAAUUUAUCCAGUCAUCGUUUAACGCAGGAAAACAGCAUUGAAUUAUUUCCGUCGAAACGGCAGGUGUGAGUGUGGUGAUUCAGUGUUGUUUAAUAAGCCGUUCACGUGAUCCUUCUGAUAUUUGCACAAACACGUUCCUCACUGCAGGCCAGUGGUUUGCGUAAACAUGCCAAAACUACUCUAUGGUUUCUCUUUCUCUAACAGUAACAAAUGUUUUGCUCUCCGUUGACAGCACCAAAUGCUGUUGCAGCUGACUCUGUUUUGCACCUCUUGUUUUUUUUUAAUCUGAUGAACUGUUUUUGAUGUAAAGUAUGAUUUUCAUUUUAAUAAAUUUAUUUAUUAUGCA